AUGGGUAUUAACACACAACUCGAUAACAUUCUACGUGAUCCAAUCUUUACUAGUCAUUUAACGUUAAUGAGAUCGUCAUCAAAUGGACUUUUCCAUCCAUUGGUUGAUAUUAUGAUUGAUCGGUUUUGUUCUCAAAUAUUGCCUCAAAUUCAUCAUAAUAUCAAAUGGCUCAAUCUCGAAUCAUUAUCUAUGGAACGUGUUCUUCUUGCUUCCGACUAUCCUAAUUUAUAUGGAUUGGGUCUUUACCAAAUUAAUUAUGAUACCAUUCUACGUCUCUUUAGUGGUAAGAAUCCGAUUUCGCUUCUUUUUUUUCAAAUAUUAUCAUCAUAA